AACUUCUACCAGAGACCUCAGUGAACUCGCGUAUAAGCGAAAUUGCACAAACUUUUGUGUGUACCACCAUGCGAAAAACGUUUAGAGAUGUGCUGUCGUGUAAACAUCCUAUAUUGUAUUUUACGGUGAUGGCAACGAUUAGCUCUGUGUUAACCCCUUGCUAUGGCCAGAUUCCAGACGCAAGCACUUCAAUGCCAAAAAAUGCUAAAAUUGAUUCGACGAUUGUCCGAUCCGGGAGGCUUGUAGUUGGGAAUAAAGUCCAACUGAGAAGGGUGGGUUUCGAAGUAACCAAUGAUGAAUCCGCCACUUCUGAUCGUAUCAAGACUCUAAACGGAUCUCUUGCAUUUGAGGCUGGUAAUCGGGCUGGACAGCCUGCAUCACAAGAAUGGCACAAGUUGGAUGCUAAACUCCAGCACAUGGGGCCAUCAGUACAGUGUAGCAAUGAAGCAAUGACUCUUCGGGUCAAAGGGGGAAGAGCUCCACAUUUUCUGGUCGAUGGCGGUGAUGGGUCUCCUGUGUUUCCCCUGUCCCGAAUGCCAACUCACUGUGGCUUCUCUGUGAAGCGGUCACGCAGAGAUGUAAUGUUUGUCGCACCAUACCAAGGCUGCCAUGUCACUAAAGAGGGGGGUAACUAUGUUCUGCCACUCCGUCUGUGGGGGGCACCCAUGACAAUGUCUUGUCCUGUUGCACCACCCCCUCCCUCUGUCUCCUGCUAUUUAUCUGGCAUGGUGGUGAAGCUUCCCAUGGCAGCAAAUGCUCUUCAAGUCAAAGUGUCUGGUGUGUGGGAGCCACUUCAAUCAAUCUCCCAGCAAUGUGGCUUAACCAUUGAGCCAUUCUUUGGAGGAGUGGUGUUCACUGCACCAUACACAGGACCCUGUGUGGAGUUGGAGGAUGAUGAGCGUUUGCUUUUUAUGCUCUCGGUUGCUGGGGAGAUCACCCUCUCCUGCCCUGCUGGCCUCCCUCAAACUGAACCUGUUACGUCUGGAUACCCUCUGUUCUACCAGUGGUCCCAGUACCAUUUCCCUCCGUAUCCCCCCCAACCACCCUCUUCCCCAACAGCAGCCUCUACCAUGUCUAAACAAACACAUUCCCCUAAACCUUCUAGGCAGGUCACGCCUAUGCCACGUAAAGGAGACCCCCAGGUCCCACAAACACCUGAAUUGUACCCGUACCGUUUUCCUCCGUAUCCCCCUCAACAACGCUAUUUCCCAACAUCAGCCCCCACUACCUCACCUAAACACACAAAUUCCCCUCAACCUGUCCCCCAGGCCAUGCAUAUGCACCUAAAGGAGACCACCAGGUCCACAAAUACCUGAAUUCCACCCGUUUUACCCGUACCAUUUUCCUCCGUAUCCCCUCAACACUAUUUCCCGACAUCAGCCCCCACUACCUCGCUAAACACACAAAUUCCCCUCAACCUGUCCCCCAGGCCACGCAUAUGCCACCUAAAGGAGACCACCAGGUCGCACAAAUACCUGAAUUCCACCCGUUUUACCCGUACCAUUUUCCUCCGUAUCCCCCUCAACACUAUUUCCCGACAUCAGCCCCCACUACCUCCCCUAAACACACAAAUUCCCCUAAACCUGUCACCCAGGUCCCGCAUAUGCCACCUAAAGGAUACCCCCAGGUCCCGCAAAUGCCUGACUUCAAAAUGUUUUACCCGUACCAUUUUACUACAUAUCCCCCUCAACCUUAUUUCCCAUCAGCCUCCACUACCACACCUAAACAAACAAAUCAGGCCCUUCAUAUGCCACCUAAAGGAUACCCCCAGGUCCCACUGAGCUACCAGUUCCCCCAGUACAAUUUCCCUGGGUUUUUCCCUCGGCGCUCUGUCCCAAGAGCACCCCCCAUCAUAGCCAGCCAACUGGAUAACCAGAAUAACCCCCAGAAAUAUCAGUACUCAGAUUUCUCCUACCGUCAAAAGUCAGCCACUCCUCCAGUAACUGCUAGCACUAUCCCUGGCACCACACCCCAGGCCCAACCCAAGCAGUCUUUCAUGCAAUAUGACCAGUACCCGAUGGUUCGCAGCGGGAAUCCGUAUGGCUCUGCUCUGUUCCCACCCCAUUAUGGAACGGUGCCGUAUCAUUAUCAGGGGCCUAAGGAGUAACUUAUGGUGAAAUCUACAGUUUCCAGCCAUUACUUGUGAAGUGUAAAAUAAAUUAACUAAAUGUA